GCUACCAACUCUCAACUACUAGACGCGGGGUCUUCUGAGAAAGAAAAGGCAACUGGUUCUGAUUUGACUACAGACUCCUCUUCUCUCUUCAUCUCCUCCUCCUCUUCUUCUCUUUCUUCUUCAUCACCAGCUACUCAUUUUCCGUCACAGCCGAUUCCCUUUGGAUUAGAUGAAAAGUCUCUUGAUCAAAUUGCCGUCGACCUGCCAAGAUGCCAUGCCUACGAUCCCCUUUUAGCAUCUGAUUUGGGUCAAUUAAGGUUGAAAAGAGUGAUACUAUCUGCUCUCUUGCAAGAGCCUAAACGUCAUGAAUAUACUCAGGUAUAUGCCUGGCUUAAGUGA